UAUAUCAAGCUACAUAGAUUGCAUUCUCUCUCUUUUUUGAUGUGGGCGAUGGUGAUGAUGGAUCAAAACGUCCUAACUUCUCUCCUGAUGUUGAUCUUGGGGCCAUUGAUCAUAGAUGUCAUCCUGGUAAGCAAAAAGAUCUGGAGCUUCUUGCACACACUUACAAAAUACCUAGCGCAUGAUGACACCCUCGUCGUCGACUCUGUGGUGCUUGAUGAUAGCCCCGCAUCGCCGGCGAAAGUAACUGGCGGUGGAGGAUUAACAUCUCGUGAGAUAGAAUUUGUCACGGCGAGGCUAGGUCUUACCGGCUGGAGGUACCAAGGGUGUGAAGGAAUUAGUGUCGUAGAUGAGUUGUUGGACGGUAAGCAAGCGAGCAAGGGUGAGCUGGAGGAGGCCUUCUGUGUUUUCGACCGUGAUGAGGACGGGUUCAUAUGCGCCGGUGGGUUGUGGAACGUGAUGAGGAGGCUUGGGUUGAAAGAAGGGGCCAUGUAUGAGGACUGUGUGAGGAUGAUCCGCCCCUUCGAUGAGGAUGGAGAUGGUAAGAUUAGCUUCAUAGAGUUUAGAAAGAUGAUGGAGAAUGCCGUUUAGUUAAAUAGAAUGUUUUUGUUUGUGUAAAAUAAGCCGUUAUAAACAGUUGUAUGAACAAUGUGUGUCAGUAUGCAACUUUUUGGCAUUUAAUUAAGGUUUUGACCUCA